CCUGGGAAGCGAGAACACUGUCGGCGACGGAUGAAAAGGAAUGCUGGCAAUUAACAAUAAAUUCUUUUGGAAUUUGUGUCGUCAUUGCGAGUGUGACUGAAAUAAGCGAGGACAGUGACUUUCUGCUACAAUGUGUUGCGAAAAGUUACUGAUCGGGCUCUGAAUUUCAGGAAUUACUGCAGUUAAACGAGGUUGCCGUGCCGUGCAAGUGCACUUGUUGCGACUUGCAUAAACACCUGUUCCUUGUCCAACAACAGUUAGCGGUUCAGUCAGUCAACAACUGCAAAAAUUCGAGUGUUUUACUGCUAGGGCACUCGGUCUUGUGUGCGGUUCCUGGUGGUAAUUUUACCGGCUGAGGGAUCACACUCACAGGUACCUGUUUACUCCUUGGUCCUGGAGGAACACAGAGACCAGCAGGAUGUCGAGUGGGGGAGAAUCUGUGAAGGUGGCAGUUCGAGUGCGGCCCUUCAACACAAGGGAAAAGGACAGAGGGGCUAAACUUGUCGUAGAAAUGAAAGGAGCAACUACAAAAUUGCACAGUCUUGAUGGUGAAGAACCCAAAACAUUCACAUUUGAUUACUCCUACUGGUCACAUGAUGGCUUCACAGAGCAGCCUGAUGGUAUCCUGGCUGCUAACCCUGGCAGUAACUAUGCAUCGCAACAGAACGUCUUCAACGAUCUGGGCCAAGGGGUCUUGGACAAUGCCUUCCAAGGUUUCAAUUGCUCGCUGUUUGCCUAUGGUCAAACAGGCUCUGGCAAGUCGUACUCUAUGGUGGGCUAUGGGCCAAACAAGGGCAUUGUUCCAAUCACCUGUGAUGUCCUCUUCAAGACAAUAGAAAGUGGCGAUGGCAAAGUGAAAUAUGAAGUCACAUUCUCCAUGCUGGAGAUCUAUAAUGAGCAGGUGCGAGACCUCUUGCAAAAGACCAACCCCAAGGGUGGCCUGCAGGUCCGACAGAACCCCAAGGAGGGCCUGUUCUAUGUCCAGUCACUCAAGAAGGUGGCCGUGGGGAGCUACAGGGAGAUCGAGAACAGGAUUGAGGAGGGUACCUCUAACCGGACAGUAGCUGCCACCCAGAUGAAUGCCACAAGUAGUCGUGCUCACACCGUAGUUACCAUCCAGUUUGACCAGAUCAGCAAGAACGAUGUUGGGCAAGAGACAAAGAAGACCAGUGUCAUCAACCUGGUGGAUCUGGCAGGAAGCGAGCGUGCAGACAGCACAGGCGCCACUGGAGACAGACUCAAGGAAGGGGCCAACAUCAACAAAUCACUGUCAUCACUGGGUAAUGUCAUUUCGGCCUUGGCUGACCUGUCUAUGGGAAAGAAGAAAGUACUUGUUCCCUACCGUGACUCAGUGCUGACCAAACUCCUGCAAAAUGCUCUCGGUGGCAACAGCAAAACUAUCAUGAUUGCUGCCCUCUCCCCUGCGGACAUAAACCACGACGAGACCCUAAGCACACUGCGUUACGCAGACCGGGCCAAGAAGAUCAAGAACAAAGCAGUAGUCAACGAGAACCCCGUGGAGAAGCUGAUCCGCGAGCUGAGGGAAGAGAACGAGAGGUUGAAGAAUGCCAUGUCAGGAGGCGGGAUUGUAGCACCAGAAGGGGGCGUGAACAUGACACCUGAAGAGAAAGAGAAGAUGAGACAAGAGAUGAUGGAAGAGAUCAGGGCCCAGCUGAUGGCCAACCAAGAGGCUAUGGAAGACUUUGACUGGGACAAAAAGCAUGAGCAACAAAUGCAAGAGGAGGAUCAGGCAGUGGACCAGAAGGCCAUCGUACAGUCUCGGCGCAACAAAGAGCCUCACUUUGCCAACCUCAACGAGGACCACAUGCUAAGCAAUGUGGUCUUCCAUUUCUUGGGCGCCAGUGAGACGACGAUCGGAAGGAAGGACGCCGACCCCCCACCGACCAUCAUGCUGAGUGGACUUAGUAUCUCCAAGCAGCACGCCAUAGUCACUAACAAUGAUGGCGAGAUCACCCUGCGUCCUUACAGCUCCAGCUGUAAGAUCAAGGUCAAUGGUGUGCCGCUGGCUGGUGCCCGCACGCUGGAGCACCUGGACCGUGUAAUGUUCGGCUCCAACCACCUGUUUGUCUUCCACAACCCACUCAACCCCAAGGCCCCCGAGGGCACACCACCCGUGGUGGAGUGGGAAUUUGCCCAGAAGGAGCUGGCGGAGGCCAGGGGGUUGAUGGCCGGCGGAAAUCUCACGCAAGAUCAACAGAGGACGCAGGAUCAGAUCGUUGAGUUGCUGCCCAUGGUCAAUGAGGUCAACGCUGUCAGUGAGGAGUUAGACAAACACAAGAGCUUUGAGAUAGUGCUAUUGAGCGAGGAGGCACAGGAGGGCACAAACAGGGAAACAAAAGUUAUGGUGAAAAUGAAAGACCUCCUGAACCAAAACAGUUGGCUGUGGGAGAGAGGGAAGUUCAUCAAUCGUAGAUACGUCGUACAGGAUCUGUACCAGAGGUACAUUGACGGCGAUGAGGAUGUCUUGAAACUACCUAAAGAAGAGGACCCAUUCUGGGAGCCACCUGAGGAUGUGCUGAUUGGCACGGCCAAUGUCUUUCUCCAGAGUCUUGGCUAUUACUUGGACUUUGAUGACAAGGUUGCAGUCACUGACUUCAAGGGUAAGGAAGAAGGCUCAUUGGUCGUUAAUAUCACCCCAUGCAACCAGAAUGGUCAACCAAUCGGAGAAGAUGAGUUUGUGGAUGACCCUAAUGAGCUGCUGGGAAAACCUUACCAUUUCAAGGUAACUGUACGCAAUGGGGAGAUCCACAAGUCUCGCUUCUCCCACGGCCUGAAGGUCAAAUAUAAGUGUUACCAAGAGACAGAUUACACCUGGACGACAGAGAAGAGAGACACGCUGUCCCCGGAGUGGAAUCACAGCCGCAUUGUCUCCAUACCCAGCACCACCGAGGACGUCCUCAGUUACUUUGAGAACAGCAGCAUCAAGUUCAGUGUCUACGGCCGGCAGAUUGACACGGCGCCGGACAACAAGUUGACCAAACUAACUACCAAGGAGCUUCGGCAGAUGGAAAACAUGCAAGAUUCUGGCCGCAAGGCACACAUCAGUUCCACCGCUGUAGAAGCUGAUGGGCAGGAUGAAGUGGGGCAGAUCAAAGGAGAACUCCUCCUGCUGAAAAGGAAGUUUGAGAGGCUGGAAAAGAAGGAACGUCGGCUACAGGAGAUCUGCAAGCAAUGGGAGGAGAAGCCAGUUGAAGAGCAGCAGUUUGAGCCGUUCUUCCGCUCGGUCUCGGCAGUGGCUUUCAGUACAGGCACCAAGCUCAAGACCAGAGUGCACAUGCUGAACAAAGAGGAUACCGUCAGCGUGUUCAGUUUUGAACUCGAAGACCCGUCAUCGGUAAAGGCCCAACAAGCAAUCAAAGAGGAACCCGAACCUGCCCCUAAAAAGAAAGAUGAUGUCACGCCCCCUCCCUGCAGCAGAGCGGAGCCGCAGCUGGUGCCGCUGACCAAUGGGGAAACCGCAAUGAAAGGACAGGUGCCUAACAAGGGCAAACAGGAUGCGGUGAACGGAGGCAAGGUGGUCCAGACCAAUGGAGAUCCAAGAGCUCAAGGGGGUAGCAAGGCCUGUGCCAUCAUGUGAUUAGGGCAUCGGGGAUUCUGCAAGCUGAGUGCGCCACUCAGAAACAAGUCUCUAGGUUACAAAACCAUUCUGUUUGGUACAGCGAUUUGUUUUGGAAAUCAAGAUGUUAUAACCACGGAGUGUGAAUAUCAGUUUGUGGCAAUGGCAAUCACAUGACACUAAGACGAUUGCAAAAGGAUUUGUAUGAAGCAAAAAUCCUUGGCUUGCAAUUUCAGAAAACUAAAACAAGUGUGUGUCAAAAUUUGAAAAAUCAAAUAAUCCCCAAAAGACUCUUUUUGGAUCUGGCCAGAUUUCACACUCUGACAUGACAGAUCACUACAAACAGAGUGGUGAAGGUGAUGGUUGCCAGUCCUGAAACUUGCACAAUGUAUCAUCGUGAUAAAUGGAAAAUCGACAUUAAAGUCCAAGAUGACUAACAUCAUUGGGAACACACAUGAUCAACUGAUAUUUUUGUGUUACUUGUACAGUUUAAACGUAGGUGAAA